AUGUCCGCAACGGCCUCGCAAGCAGAGUCGGCCGCAAUAUCCUCUAUUCCUCACAUCACGAGUCAACAGGAUAGAAGUAGACAGAUCUUUGUGGUAUCUCUGGCUGUGACAAUAUUGGCGACAACAUUCGUAGCGCUGAGAAUCAUCUCAAAGACUUGGGUGGUAAGAAAAGUAAUGUGGGAUGAUUAUAUCACUGUGUUAGCUUGGUUCUUCUUCAUGGCUCUAUCAAUUGCAAUCAUGAUCGGAACACAUUCGGGUUUGGGAACAGUUGGAAUCGAUAUACAGUCUAAAUGGAUUAUUCCAUUGGGCAAAAUCACCUAUAUUUUCACAGUAUUCUAUAACCCAGCAACGAUGACGAUCAAGUUAGCCAUUCUUUUCCUUUACAGGCGAAUGUCAGAAGUUCAACCUUGGUUUCGCUACGGAACAUAUGCUACGAUGACCAUCGUCACUCUUUCAGGAGUGGUCUGCACAUUUCUCGCCGUAUUUCAAUGCCGACCCGUCAGAUCAGCUUGGCACUCGCGCGAAGAAGGUGUUUGUAUCGACAUGAUAGCUCUUUUCCUCUCCACGGCACCAAUCAAUAUCCUUACCGAUUUAGCCAUCUUACUACUCCCUUUACCGAUCCUCACUGGCCUUCGGAUGGAAAUGAGACAGAAAGUAGCGCUCAUCGCGACUUUCUGCGUCGGUGGCUUCGUCACCAUCGUCGAUGUCGUUCGUAUAGCAUAUCUUCAACAAGCACUUUUAGCAGAGAGGAUCUACGGUGAUCAGGGUACUCUCAACGCUAGUACUCAAUUUGGUGAUUACGUGUUUUUCAUAAGUUUAUCCCUCAUGUGGUCUGUAAUCGAAGUCGCUGUGGGUUUGUGUUGCUCCUGCACGUUGGUCCUGAAACCUCUGGUCUUGAGGGUCGUUCCAGCUAUAUUACGGAAGAAGAGGGAUAGCCGAAUGACGCGACAAGAAACACACGCCUUGACUGAAAUGUCACUAUCUCCAGCAAAAAGCAGAUCACCAAGAUCACCUGGCUUCGAGGAACGUGGUAUAGCUGUUUUACCCGCACCUGAUGAAGCACCACACGCUCUCGAAAUUACUGUUGAGGAUGACCAAGACGAAGAAGGGGAAGGAGCUAUAUUUGAUUUUGCGGAAAUUCUCAAGCAAGCUCCGCCAGCGUCUGCAUCAAAAGCUAUCUCGGCCAACGGCACAAGAUCCGAUCCGCUUCCUCUUCUUCCUGCAGAUGCCAAUAUGGAUCAGAAGGACAAGAAACGAAAAAAGAGGGACCGUUCACUUUCAGUAAAUUAUGGCGCAGAUACCAAUGCCUCCUUCUUCCGAAAAAGGUGGCCAACACGUCGUAGUACCUUGUCGACUAAUCAAAGACCUCAUCAUUCGCAAGGUCCCACAGAGAAAUUCUUCGAUUUUGUCAAUAUGAGCGGCAACAAACCCCUGACAGAAUUGAGCGCAAGAGAAGCUUUGAGUCCCAUCUUAUUUGCCAGUAUUCUUUUCUUUUUGUGGGGUUUCUCCUAUGGAUUAAUAGGAAAUCUUAACGGAGAAGUCGAAGGUUUAUUAGGUUAUAAGCCUCAGCAAACAUUGAGUUUAAAUGGAGCUUAUUGGACUGCGUAUUUUAUCGGACCAACCUGUAUUGGGUAUCUAGCACUUACCAAGAAAGGAUUCAGAUUUACGUUCAUAUCUGGAUUAACAUUGUAUUCGAUCGGAGCGAUGGCUUUUUGGCCUUCGGCCGUUCUCACAAGUUUUCCUGGUUUUGUGAUCAGUAAUUUUCUCGUUGCUUUGGGCCUUUCAACAUUGGAAACAGCCGCCAAUCCAUUCAUCGCUCUUGCUGGACCGGGAGAAUUAUCGGAAGCAAGAUUAUUGUUUUCGCAAGCAAUUCAAGCUGUAGGAUCUUUAUCUUCCGGACUAUUAUCGCAACGAGCCUUAUUCACGAAUGUUGAUCAAAUGCGUUUAUUCAAGGUUCAAUGGUGUUAUCUUGCCGUGGCAAUAUUCGUACUCAUCUUAGCGGCUGUAUUCUACUAUGUCCCGCUCAGUGAAGCCACAGAUGAGGAUCUUGAAAUCAAAGCUCAUCGAAGAUUUGAUCAUGCUGGAAUCGAAGCUACUUCAAAAUCAUUCAACAUACCGACCAGAUGGUUAUUGACGGUGACUGGAAUUUUUGUCAUGUGUAAUUAUGUCGGAUCACAAGAAUCCAUUGGAUUCACUUGGAACAGUAUCAUUCAAGAAAUCAAUCCCGAUGUCGAUGAACAGUGGAUGAGAACAAUUGGACAAGCUGUUUUUUUCGUCAGCCGAGUAAUAAGUUCAGGAGCUUGUUAUAUUGGUAUACGUCCAAGAUUUGUUCUGGGAACCUGUCUCUUGGGUGCUUUUUCAACAUCUUUAUCAUCAAUGGUACUUCCACAUGGAAAAGAAGCUACUGGAACGAUGAUCUUGCAUAUGUUUUUCGAAGGACCCAUCUUCCCUUUGGUAUUCGCAAUUACCCUACGUGGACAAGGUAAACACACGAAAUCAACUUCGACAGGGUUGACGGCCGCUAUAUCAGCAGCAGCGUUUUUCCCUGCCAUAUCACACACCAUAGAGAAUAUGUAUUCUAACAACAAGCGAAUAUCUUUGGCAUUAGUUGUUGUUUCAUAUGGAAUAACAUCAUUUCUCCCAAUUAUGAUUAGCUUGAACUCGAACUUGAAGAAAUGGGUAGAUCCAAAAUGGUCAAAAAAGAGAGAAGGUGAUAUAAUAGCACCUGAUCACGAUAAGACAAAUCAAUCAAACCAUCAACCAAAUUACCUUCCUGAAACUAGGGAAGAUUUAGGUAUAACAAGUUCGAAUUCUGCCAUGGUGGGAUUAGGUCUGGAUUUGAAUGGAGGUGUUUUGAAAGAAACAGUUAGUUAUGCAAGUAUGAGAGGAAUAAAAAGUUUUGAUUAUGGUGGUUAG